AAACACCGCGCUUAGUGACGAUGUUGCCAACAUAAAUUUAAAUUUAUAAUUCACUCUGAGAUGUGGGAUGCGAGUCAACAAAAUCAUGUUUCAAUUUUUUUUAUAUCGUUGAUAUUUUAAUAUUUUUUUUUCAAAUUUUUCGAAUUUUUUUCUACAAACCUUGAGACAACACAACUGCGAUUUAAAUUUACCGCUCUCCCUGCACCCUAACGCUGGUUAGAACAGCAGUACCAACAUAUUUUUCAAAUUACAAUCUAACCUCACUUUUCCCAAACAGCCCCCUUCGAACAAUUUAGCGCUAUUUCACUCAAAAUGACCCACAACAUCCACGGGACGUUCGUCUCCGAGAAAAUCAACAAAAUCCGCUGGCGCCCCGACUUCAUGAACGAUUCCCACUACUUCGUAACCGGGAGUUGGGACAACGACCAAAACGCCAUCAAACUUUGGGACUUCCAAGAAAACGAAGAAGACGCCGAAAUCUACCCCUUCUUAGUCACCGAACUGCCCCACAAAGGCGACAUCACCGAGCUUAAAUUUUUAAACGGCGACUUUUUCGUGACAUCGUCGUCCCAAGGCUCCGUCCACUUGAUGAAAAUCAGCUCAGAACACGGUCUGGAGCCAGUGAUUGAGUCAAAAAUCCGUUGGGAAGGCAUUCACAAAUUCCCGAACGACGAAAUCAGUCCUUGUACGGCGUUCUGCACCUACGACAACGACAUAGUCAGCGUAGGGGAGGACGGGAAUAUUAAUUUGUUGAAUUCGAACAACCAGAACGUCGUUCGCACUAUUGAAAACGCAGACAGUUGCUCGAUUCAUUGUGUCACGUUUUUGAAGCACAGCGAGAUUUUGACGGGGAAUUUGCGGGGGCAGUUGAAGAUUUUUGACAUCAGGGUUUCGUCGAAUGAAGCGUCGAACACGUUUAUGUUGAGUGGGGACCAAGUGUCGCCGCUUUGUUUGCAAAAUCACCCGACGCAGAGGCAUUUGGUGGUGGCUGGGGAUGAGGAGGGGUCAAUAACCAUCUGGGAUUUGCGCCAGAAUACUUACCCGGUGAAUUUACUGGAUGCACAUGAGGGGGGAGUUAUGGAGAUACACUUCCAUCUGGAUCAUCCGGAUCAGUUGUUUACGUGUUCCACAGCUGGGGAUAUUUGGCACUGGUCGCCGAAAAGUGGGGGCGUGUCUAGUUUGAGUCUAGGGAAUGCGGAGAAUAUUUGGUUGGCGUCGGAGACCAUUAAAAAUAAGUUGGACGUUUUUACCCUUAUGCCCAAGUUGCAUAAGCCUGUUAAUAGUUUGGAUGUUAAUAGGAACAAGGUUUUGUGUGGGUGUGAUAAUGAAGCGAUUUAUUUGAUCAAUGGAGUUAACAUUUAUAAAUAAACAGGUUGCAAUGAUUG